AUGAAAAGCUUUAGUAAUGCCGUACUGCUUCUGGUAUUGUGCAUUACUUUUCUAAGCACUGUAGAAUGUGCUAAAUUUACUGUAGGAUUAAAGCGUCAUCAAAAACCAAAACGUCAUAGUAGGUUUUAAAAUUGUAAGAGAACAAUUUUGAGUACAACCUUUUAAUUUUUUUUUAUUUUUGUAUAAUUAACUACCUAGAGAACAAUUUUUACUAUUGUCCAUCUUUGUUUACUCGGAGAUUUGAAAAUAAUUCUUCGACAUUUUCAGUAGUUAGGGAUGACUCCAACUCUACAACUCCAAAAACAUACGGAGAGCUAAUGGCUUCUCAACAUAACUUGGAGUACCAAGGUAAAUUAGCGUCUACUUGUAAAAGCGAACCACGAUAUACGAUACACUACGUAAUGUAACAGCCGUACUGUGCUGUCCGCCUUUGCCUUUGCCCUGCCUUUGCCCUGCCUUUGCCCUGCCUUUGCCCUGCCUUUGCCCUGCCUUUGCCCUGCCUUUGCCCUGCCUUUGCCCUGCCUUUGCCCUGCCUUUGCCCUGCCUUUGCUUUGCUUUUGCCCUGCUUUUGCCCUGCCUUUGCCCUGCCUUUUCUGUAAAUACUUUACUAAAACCAUACAUUGCAGGGCUAGUAACAGUUGGCACUCCACCACAAAUUUUCCAAGUUAUCUUUGAUACUGGAUCUGACGUAUUUUGGCUGCCAAAGAAGGGUUGCACUAGUACUGGUGAUGAUACUGACGCUUGUGCUAGUGGCAAAGGGCUUUAUGAUCCAUCAGCUUCUAAGACUAGUAAAGACACAAAACAGCCAUUUCAAAUUGAAUAUGGCACUGGGUCAGCUACUGGCGAGUAUUAUCAAGAUGUAUUGAGCGUAAGUGAUACUGAGCUGUAUUAAAAUCUAUGUACUGUAAUACUAAAAAGUAACAUGUUGCUACUGUAACUUUAUUUUCAGUUUGGAGACGCUUCAAACUCAUCAAUUGUCUCAAUUGGCAACGUAACUUUAGGUGCCGCUCAACACAUGACAUUUUCUGACCAAGGCAUCCUAGGUUUGUCAUUUCCAGUACAAAAUGACUUUACUCCCGUGUUUAUAACAGCGGCCAAGAGAAAAGUCUUUGACAAGCCUAUUUUUACCGUAUUUUUGAAAAAGUGUAAAGAUGACUGUGACGAUGGAGGUCUGAUCACCUUUGGUGGAUUUGACAACCAAAAUUGUAAAAAGAUUAUUGGAGCUACAAGUUUGAUUGGCGGAGUACCUUAUUGGAUGUUCAAGGUCAACAGUAUUGGUACUAAAGGUGCUGUGGUCAAAAAUCAAAAGGUACGGUCGGGUAGAGUACGGUAUGAUGCGGUAGGGUAGAGUAGAGUGCGGUAGGAUACGAUAGGGUACAAUAGGAUACGGUAGGGUAGGGUGGGGUACGAUAGGGUUUUUUAUAUUUAAGUUUUAAAAAAGUAAAUUUCAGGCCAUAGUAGACACUGGUACCUCGAUAAUAAUAGGCCCACAAAGUGCAGUCGGAAAAAUUCUCAAAAAAAUUGGAGCUAAAGACAUCGGAGGCGGUAACUACAUAGCCAAUUGUAAUGCCAAAUUCUCUCUCAAUCUUAAUAUAAACGGCAAAAAGUACUCUGUUAGCUCAACUCAAAUGCUUCUCGACCAAGGCCAAGGAAUCUGUCAAGUCGCUCUUGGAUAUGAUCCUGAAAUCAACUUCUGGAUACUUGGUGAUCCAUUCCUACGUCAAUAUUGUACGGUCCAUAACGUUGUCAAGAAGAUUGUUCAGUUUGCUCCGACGAAGAAUGGCAGUGGAAAGAGGACGGGCAAAAAGGGCAGAAGAGGAUAA